UUUUCUUUCUAGGAAUGCGAAAUAGGUAGGUAGAUGAAGGGUAAUAUUGACUUUUUAAACAGAGCUUAGUGCUUUAAAAAUCUCUUCUCACGGUCCUCCUCUCCCUGCGUUGCAGUUCUUCCCCUUUCUCUUCUUCGAUUCUUCUUUGCACCCCCGCCAUUUUCACCGACGAACCAGCAAGUCGUUAUGGAUCCAGUCUCGGAAUGGGGAAAUACGUCGCUCUCCGAAAUGGACCCGGAGAUCCACGAUCUCAUCGAGAAGGAGAAGCGCCGCCAGUGCCGGGGUAUCGAGCUGAUCGCCUCCGAGAACUUCACCUCCUUCGCCGUCAUAGAGGCCCUCGGCAGCGCCCUCACUAACAAAUACUCAGAGGGCAUGCCCGGGAACCGCUACUACGGUGGAAACGAGUACAUCGACCAAAUCGAGAACCUUACCCGCAGCCGCGCUCUCCAGGCGUACCGCCUCGACCCCGCCAAGUGGGGCGUCAACGUGCAGCCUUACUCCGGCAGCCCGGCCAACUUUGCCGCUUACACGGCUGUCCUUAAUCCUCAUGAUCGGAUCAUGGGGUUGGAUUUGCCAUCUGGUGGCCAUUUGACCCAUGGCUAUUACACCGCUGGGGGGAAGAAGAUCUCGGCCACCUCGAUUUACUUCGAGAGCUUGCCGUACAAGGUUGAUUCAAGCACCGGCUAUAUCGAUUACGAUAAAUUGGAGGAGAAGGCAUUGGAUUUCAGGCCGAAAUUGAUCAUAUGCGGUGGCAGUGCCUACCCGAGAGAUUGGGACUACAAGAGAUUCAAAGAGGUAGCCGACAAAUGUGGCGCGCUUUUGCUCUGCGAUAUGGCUCACAUUAGUGGCCUUGUUGCUGCUCAGGAAGCUGCUGAUCCUUUUGAGUACUGUGACCUGGUCACUACCACAACCCAUAAGAGCUUGAGAGGUCCAAGGGCAGGCAUGAUCUUUUACCGGAAGGGACCCAAGCCACCAAAGAAGGGACAACCAGAGGAUGCAGUGUAUGACUUUGAAGACAAGAUCAACUUUGCUGUUUUCCCUUCACUGCAAGGCGGUCCCCACAACCACCAAAUCGGUGCUUUGGCUGUUGCUCUCAAACAGGCAAUGUGCCCUGGCUUUAAGGCUUAUGCUAAGCAAGUCAGAGCUAAUGCGGUCGCGAUUGGAAACUACUUGAUGAGCAAAGGAUACAAGCUAGUCACUGGUGGUACUGAGAACCACCUUGUUCUAUGGGACCUUCGUCCUCUCGGUUUAACUGGUAACAAGGUCGAAAAACUGUGUGACUUGUGCAACAUUACCGUUAACAAGAAUGCUGUUUUUGGAGACAGUAGUGCUCUUGCCCCCGGAGGAGUUCGUGUUGGUACCCCUGCCAUGACAUCGAGGGGCUUGGUCGAGAAGGACUUUGAGCAGAUUGGUGAAUUCCUACACAGGGCUGUGACCAUCACAUUGAAUGUCCAAAAAGAGCAUGGGAAACUCUUGAAGGAUUUCAACAAGGGCCUGGUUAACAACAAUGAAAUUGAACAGCUCAAGGCUGAUGUCGAGAAGUUUUCAUCCUCGUUCGACAUGCCUGGCUUCAAAAUGUCUGAUAUGAAGUACAAGGACUAAGUGAAACCUUCCUUUUUUGCUCACCACAAUUUGCUAUGCACUCUUCAUUAAGAAUUCCCAUUUGUUUUGGCUUAUAGUUCAAUGCGUGAAAAGAAUAAUGGUUCGUUUUUUGUAUCUUUUUCAAUUGGUGAUUUAGAUUAGUUUUUUUAUAUCUGCGCUGAGCUGUAGCUGCUCAAAAUUUUACAAAACUUAAAGUGAGUUUCAUCUCAUGGUUUUGUAAAUUUCACUCAUAUCAUUGUGUUUUACUAAGCUCUUUCACAAUAUCAAGUGUGUUAUAAGCAAUGUCGGUACCUGCUUUUUUAUAAACAAUGUCGGUACCUGCUUUUUUAUAAACAAUGUCGGUACCUGCUUUUUUAUAAACAAUGUCGGUUACCUACAUUAUGAAUAGUAAUGAAGGUGCAGGCAAAUUUGACUUACUAAAGUAGUACGUCAUUAAAAAUGGCAAAGAAUGUAUAGCUUUUGUGAGCACAGGACUGGUUUGGAACUUUGGAUCCCUUAUGGGUCGUUUCCUGAUCCUUUAUGGAGUAUUGAGUAUGACACUAUUGUUAUAUAUUAUACUCCAUAUAUGUAGUGGUGGACCGGUUCCGGUUCGGGCCCGGCCGAGCCUCAGUUCAUGAAAGGGGAGGCCCGGAACUGGCCCAGGUAAUCUCGGGUCCGGGCCGGGCUGGACUUCGGUUCUUGUAUUUUUUUUUGGCUUUUCCUAAUUAACCCCCAACCCUCCCCCCUCACCCCCAAACCACCUCAAAUGGCCCAUCAUACCCAGUCCAACCCAAAAACUUAAAAAAAUUCAAAAAAAAAAAGAAAAAAAUAAAUUUGGCCCGGACCGGGCCUGAACCGGUCGGGCCGGUUCACGAUUUAGGAGGCCCGGGCCCAGCCCAUCCCACCUACCUCACCGGGCCGGGUGGCCCGAACCGGGCACCAACUGGUUCACUGGGCUGGUCUGGGCCCGCACAAUAGCGGGCCGGUUGGCCCGGCCCGAGUCCACUCCUACAUAUAUGUUGGUGUGUGAAAAAUGAACAACAAGGUCGGAUCGAACGGUUCUGGUCCCAUAUAUCUGGAACUAGCAUUGGUCUGGUUCCCGAUUGUUGUCCUCAAUAUUCAGUUUUGGAAGAAAUUCAGUGAUUCCAAUCUGGUCCAAUCAUGAAUUCAAACUACGUCUAUCUACUCCUUAAUACAUGUGAAUCUUGGUACCUUAAGGUUAGAUAUUACUAGUAUAAAGGAAAUUCGUAAUACCGGUCUAGUUUUCGGUGAAGGUUAGGGUCCUCUUUUUAGUCGGAACACAAUUUGUUCUUUUAGGUCUAGGAAACAACUAGACCAGUUUCCCUUAUUUUACGUGUGUCAUUAUACAUUUUAAAAAUUUAUCAUGGAGGUAGGCUGGUAGAGUCCUUUUAUCAACAGUCCUAUGUUGUAGAACUAUAACAUGUUUUGUUAAUAUCCGCUUGUGCAAUACACUAUAGCAGAUAGCAGUUGAACAUCAAAUGUGAAAUUAAUGCUAAGUUUGAGAAUGUCGGCAUAAUUAUGCCAAGUUUAAGGACAUCAAAUGUGCAUUUUCCUCACCUUCUCAUCUGUCACUUUUACCACAGCUUCUCACACUCUUCCCAUCAGCGACUGCGCAGUCUCCGGUUCCCCUUCACCGGCCUCCCACCGAGAAGCAGUCACAUGGAAGAUGUUUCCGAGGCACGCCUAUGUCCACAGAGGUUUCAUCCGCGUCCUCAAGUCCACUAGAUUUGUUAGCAGGCGGUUCUUGAGGUUUGGGUUGGCUUUUCGGGUUGAUCUUAUCACCGACAACGCUUCCAUCCGAGUCGGACGUCGAUGAUCCGGUUGCUUCCUCGAGUACUCAUCUUUUAGCCGCUCGAUCUUCUGCUCCGGGAACACGAAUCGUUUUGUGACGUAUGUAUUUUCCUUGCACGCUUUUCCUCCGAGCCGCGGAAGAUGAUAUCGAGGUCGACGUUCACCGGCGAGAAAAUGGAGGUGGUGUCGACAACCACACUGCCUUCGCGGAUCGGCGAUUCUUCCCCGCGAUUGAAUGCGGCCAGCUGGGUAUUCAGAAAUCCAGCCAAUCCAGCUCCAUCACCAAUUCCGUGCCAGAAAUGAUCUGUGUACAUGUGAACCUUUUGUAAAGUCAUUAUAUUAUAUAGGCGUGUCAUGUCUUCAGAAUUAUGUCAAGGACAAAACAUAUCCGUGCGGUAAAAACCAAUUACGAAAUGUAAACAAUGGUCAGUGAUUUAUGUGCACAAAAGAUGUCUCCAAACAAAUAACAAAUACCAACUCCCGUUGUAAGGUUCGCGUAACAAAAUGGCAUGGUUAUUUAGGAAAUAAUUAAAUAAACUACUUUGAGUAUAUUUUGAGAAAUAAUUUUAAUAUGUAUAUAUUAUAAUGUAGUUAGUAUUGAUAACUGUGAUGUUAUAAAUGUAUUAUUUUUAAUAUUUAAUAAUUAAUUUGUCACUUAAGAUUGUUCAUUGUUUCCUAGAAUGGAAAUUAGAACCUCUUUAUAUGGGACGUCAAAAAAGAAGGAAAGUGAGAAUGUUCUAAUGGUGUGCAUCGUAAUUUCGUAUGUAACACAAAUAGCAAAUCAAACAACAUAAACAUUUAUUUAGCGAAAUCAAUCAAGCCAUGGACACGUGACUACUUUUUUAUUCAAACCAUUCAAAGAAAAAUAAGAUUCACAUUUUAUAUUACAUACUUAUCAUUACACUAUGUUUUAUACGGAGUAUUUUUAUUUGCAGCAAUUUAUCAAUAUAAAUUGUGUCCUACAAAUCUACCACCUUUAUUGUAGAAGUGAAGUGAGGAAAUUAUACAAGUAAAUCUGGAAAUUGUAUUCUGUUCUUGCUCUCUAUUUCAGCUAAUCUCACUGUAGUACUGCUUAAGAGAACCAGCCCAUUUACUAAGUUUCGACAUAAAUAAUGUUACUCCGUAUUAAUUUUGGACUUUAUUAUAAGGGUAAUUCUAAAUAAAGCCCAAAAUUAAUACGGAGGUGAAUUUCGAUUUUAACUUUCCACAGCCUCCGGUCAAAACUUAAUUCCUAAAUUCCGAUUUUAACCUUUUGAUUUAGUUUGAGAAACAGAGGUGAAUUUCUAAAUAUAAUUUCAUCUUUCCUCUCUAAGCUUUCAAACUCCUGAUUUCUGAAGAUGGGGGCAUCGAACCAGGGAUAACGAAGAUGGACCAGAACAAAGAUAAGAGGUUGCAGAAUUCAAAGGCCAGCACAAGCGAGAAGCUCUCUAAUCAAAUCACAGGACAGGAUAAACGCUGACAAUUUAAGCGGUCCUGAAGAAAGCUUAGGGGGAUCAAACCGGGCUGAGGAAGAAGCUGAAGGAGUCUGCGAAAAAAUUACAGCCCAUUUUGUCCCGAUGCGGCGGCGGCGGCAUUCUCUUUGAGUGACAUAGUCGGCAAUAUCUUUCCCCCAAAAAUCCCCACAAAAAGCUGCGGUGACGGUGGCAAAUUAGGCACAUCACGACAGCGGCAGCGACACUAUCAGAAUUGUGUAAAGUGGAGAAUUCAUAAAUUUACCAGAUCAUAGGCAAAAUGGCCUACUAAGAUCUUGAAAAAUGAAGGAUUUAUGUAAAGCUUCUUUGAUAGAAGAAAACUCAUGUUUUGCGGAGUAACUUGGUCUAGUUAUAAUGGAGCAACGCUUUACCAAUUGGGAGCUGAAGCAAUUUAUUUAGUUGAAUUAGAGCAUUGACGUUACAUUAUGGUGUUUGUGAAUAGAAACACCCUUAUUAUAAUUUCAUUUGAACUUGAUUAAUCACUUUUUAUUUGCGUAAACUCAC